UAUGGUUUUAAUGUCUCCGUAAACUCGGCUCUGAGAGCGCUCUGUUUCCGUUGGUGACUCACGAUUUAGAAUCACAGGACUAAACUAUGUAACGUGACGUGUGCAAAACGUUCAGUGUCCGACACGGUCACAGGUCAACUUAGCUCGAACAAAGUCUCGCUAGGGUCAUGUAGUAUCGCAUGACUACAAGAUGUAAAGUGUUCAAAACUACAGGAGGUCUACCGGAUGCAGUUCAGUGUUAUACACGGUCAAAGGUCAACUAAGCUCGAACAACGUUCAGUUUGCUGUCUCACGAUGUAGUAUCACAUGACAACAAGGUGUAACGUGUGCAUACAUGCAGGAGGCUUAACGACUGGAGUUCCAUGCUACAUACGACAGUAACAAGUCUAUUCGGAACAACAUGGCGGAGACAUCCAGUGGUCCUAUACCUGUUCCGGUGUCCGGAUUCGAUGUUUCUGUACAGAUCUGUCCAUACACCAUCACUUUUAGCAAAGGCAAAAAGGAAUAUAGUGAAGAACUUGCUAAGAGGCUAUGCUCAUGCGUUUAUGCAGUUGGGUUUCAGGAUUUCUUGAAUCAGACAGGGCGUGUUUACUUAAUCAAAGACAUCAUCCAUCACCAAGGAGAAGAAGAAAUCAGCAUCAUUUUCACCAUACGUGAUGAGAAGGCUUGGGUUACAUUCAAAAAACACUUCCAUAACGAUUUAUCGAAAAACAUUAAUGCUUAUCUAGAUAAGUACAAACGAACCAUUUUAACUACGUUCAGUGGUAUAAAGAAAGAAAAUUCAUAUGUCCAAUACAAAAUCAGCAUGUUUGAUAAGCAGAAGACGACGAAACAAGCGGAAAGUUUCUUCGUAGACUUGCAAAGCACAGACAGAAACGUCAACAAAAAGACUCCAGCUGUACAUGAACCUAGCAAAACUACCAGCGAAAGUGCAAAAGCAAAAGAAAUUGACAAAGUCCCGCAUCCAGUAGCUAGUUCAACAUUAACAACAAUCUCCAAUGCUGCUCAUGUUCCUGAAGACAGCCAAGUUGCGAACAAAAUAGAAAAUUGGGAACAGAGACAGGAACAAUCCGGACAUUCCCUCGAUCCGACUCCUUUGCAAGAUGGCACUUAUAUU